AGAUAGUUUGAGAAUCAUCCCACCUGUUGCCUGCCUGAACCAAGAACCAGAUCCUGGAGUAGGACUGUGCUGGUACUAGUUGGCUGCAGAUCUGCUGGGAUCCUAGUAUUGAGAGAGACCUAACAGCCUUUAGCUUCUAAAAGUAUCACGAAGUGCUCUGUAAAGCCUUUGGGGAACACCAUGCCCAGCGUCGAGACAUUUGUUAAACACAGGCACACAGAAGGUGCGAUGAAGGUCACACGCGCUUUGUAGCUUCGCCUGUGCAGCCGAGUUCAGCGUGUACCUCUGGGUACUCUCUUCUCUGAUGGGGAUGAAGUCUAAAGAACAACUUGACGUAUAACGCGGUUUCUGGCAGCAGAGGUUGUGGGGAUGCCACCUACCAAAAUGGAGGGCUGACUCUUCUCGCAAGCUCUGCCCACGGCCGGUUUUCCUCCCAAACUGUGUUUACCGCCACGUGGGCAAACGGCACGGCUCCGAGGAGCCGUCGUGCCCCCGAUUCUCGAACCGCUUCCGCGGGGGGGGCAGUCCGGGAGCCGGGGCCCUCCCCCGCCCCCCGCCGCCGGCACAGGGACCGCCGGGCGCCCCGGCUGAAGGCGGGAGGGAUGCUCCCCUCUCCCGGGAGCGGCCACCAUCCCCGCGCCGCCCGGCCUGGGAGGCAGAGGCCGAGGGAUCAAGCAUGGAAUUGCUGAGGAAGAAAAUUAAUGCAUCCUUGGGCUCCUGAAGGAAGAGCUUUCCUGAUGGGACCAUUUUCAAGGGUGGAGUGAAAAGCAGAUUCACAAAGAUCCAGCACUGACACUUGAAAGGAAUUUUAUGUGCAUGGUGGACAUGGAAAAAGAUGAAAAACAAGCUGGCUUCCUGGAGAAAGAAGGCGGCAAAUACUUAAUGGAACUUUAUUACUGUAGAACCGUGUUUUGAGUGCUCCUCCUAGACUUCUUUCAUAAAUAUUCUUGAUAUCAACAGAUUGAUAUGAUUGGAAACCUGGCUCAUCAAACAGUAUACACUGGAAGAAGCCUGCUUGGAAUAUGACAUUUUGUAUUGUUUCUGAAAGUCUGUGAGAAAACACUACAGACAUCUACCUGUUAUUUCUUAAGUCUGCAUCUCAAUUCAGCUACAGCAAAACUAGUCUUUGAAGUGAAUAGAACCAGAGCCCUUUUGGAAACUUUUAUUGAACAUGACUCAUGGAGAAGAGCUUGGCUCUGAGAUGCACCAGGAUUCUGUUGUUCUAACUUACCUAGAGGGAUUACUAAUGCAUCAAGCAGCAGGAGGCUCAGGUACUGCAGUUGACAAAAAGUCUACUGGGCAUAGUGGAGAGGAUCAAAACUUUAAGAUUUCUGGAAGUAUCUUUCCCAGCUGUCAAAGUAAUGGUCCAGUUCUUAACACAAAUACAUAUCAGGGAUCUGGCAUGCUGCACCUCAAAAAAGCAAGACUGUUGCAGUCUUCUGAAGACUGGAAUGCAGCAAAGAGAAGGCGGUUGUCUGAUUCCAUUGUGGAUUUAGAUGGAAAAAAGGAAGCUUUGUUAGCUGGCAUGGUUGAAAAUGUGCCUAAAGGCAAACAGGAUAGCACAUUACUUGCCUCUUUGCUUCAGUCAUUCAGCUCUAGGCUGCAGAGUGUUGCUCUGUCACAGCAGAUUAGGCAGAGCCUUAAGGAGCAAGGGUAUUCCCUUAGCCAUGAUUCUUUACAAGUGGAGAAGGAUUUAAGGUGCUAUGGUGUUGCAUCCAGUCACCUGAAGACUCUACUAAAGAAGAGCAAAGCAAAAGAUCAGAAGCUGGACAACAGCCUGCCUGAUAUAACAAAGAACCUGCCCAAAGAGAGGUUUAUAGAAUCACCUCAUGCGGUGCAGAGCGGACCUAAAGUGAUAAAUGAGCCACUGUCCUGUGCUGCAAGAUUACAAGCUGUUGCAAGCAUGGUGGAGAAACGAUCUAGUCCUGCUGCUUCACCGAAGCCCAGCGUAGCAUGCAGCCAACUAGCUUUACUCCUUUCAAGUGAAGCUCACUUGCAGCAGUACUCCAGGGAACAUGCUUUAAAAGCACAAAAUGCAAAUCAAAUAGCAAGUGAGAGACUUGCAGCUAUGGCCAGAUUACAAGAAAGUGCUCAGAAAGAUAUUGGCCAAUUCGGUUUAGCAAAAGGAACGACAAGCCAUCUCAAUGGUCAAACAGGAUCAUCAACCAAAACAGUACCUAGCAAAAGCAAUAUGGCACCAUUUCAGAGUUCAGUGGGAGUCAUGCAUUCACCUCCCAAAACUGUGGGAUAUAAAAGUACUUUGGAAAGGAGUAACCUGAAAACCUCUCCCAGCAACAGUUUGCUCUUGCAUCUACUGAAAAGCCAGAAUACCACCAAACAUGUAAAAGGGCAUGAACAGAGUGAGAGAGCCAGCAUUUUUGAAGACAGCAGCACACCAACAACUAUUGAUGAGUAUUCAGACAACAAUCCUAGUUUUACAGAAGAUGACAGCAGUGAUGAUGAAAGCUCCCAUUCUAACUGUCUUCCUAUAGACCUAUCCUUUAAACAGAGGACAGAUAAACCAGAUGCAGGUCCACCUGCAUCACUGGAUAACCUGACUCAGUCCUUGCUUCAUAACUGGGAUCCAAAAGUUUCCUGUCAGGAGAACAAGGAAGACAAAGACACUCCAAAAGCUUCUAAGCUGAAUCCCCAUCAGAAAGUAACACUACUUCAGCUGUUACUUGGGCAUAAGAGUGAAGAAAAGGUAGACAAGAGUAAUGACCCUCAGGGACCACACAGUGCAGCUGAUGUGGCAAAAUUCACUGUACAGACUGGUAAAAGGACUCCUGUUACUGGCAGUCCCAGUGCAAAUCGAAUGACUCCGUUAAGCACUCCACCUUUGCUGGCUUCUACAAAAGCAGACUCUCCUAUAAAUCUCUCGCACCAAUCGUUAGCCAUCAAGCGUAGCUCGCCACCAUAUGCUUGCAGCAUCCAGACAGACAGACUGGUGAAUCCUGCAUCUAAACAUUUGAUAGACCUUUCUAAAAGCAAAGAAAUUCAAGGAGCCAAGCUGAGCAGGAACGAUAGUCCGCAGAACUCCUCAGCAUUCAGUGCCAGCAAGCUGCUGCAGAACCUCGCUCAGUGCGGCAUGCAGACUUCCAUGUCAAGUGAAGAACAAAGAGCUAGCAAACAGCUGCUAGCAGGGAACACAGAUAAACCUGUUGGCUUGAUUGAUAGAUUGAACAGCCCUCUGCUUACGAAUAAAUUGAGUACGCAUGAAGAAAACAACAAAAUAUUCAGCUGUCAGCCUGCACCCGCUGAACAAGGACUUCCAGGUUCGGAAAUAGAAAAUCUUCUUGAAAGGCGCACUGUCCUUCAGCUGCUUCUGGGAACUCCCAGUAAAGGUAAAAGUGAAAAGAAAGAGAGGAUGCUUUUAAGAGAUGAAAGUUCUCAAGAACAGACAGAUAAGACUUUGAAUGAGCAAAUAUUGACAGUGAAAAUAAAAACUGAACCAUCUGAAGAAUCAAAUGUUCCUUAUAAUUCAAAUGCACAACAAGUAAGAGAGUGCAAGGGUAACAAAUUUCAAGGAUUUGUUCAUUCACUGCAGAGAAACAGAGCUGCUUCUCCAGCAUCCGAGGAGUUGAAAUCUGAGCCUCUUUCACCUCAAGAUUUCUCUUUUUCCAAAAAUGGCCUGCUAAGUAGGUUGCUGAGACAGAAUCAAGACAGUUACCCUGCAGAUGAGCUGGACAGAAGUCACCGAAACAAUGAGCUGACACACCUUGAAUCAAAGAGUCUUUGCACAGUACCGAAGAAGAGGAAGCUUCACUCUGAGCCUUUGGAAAGUCCAUUAAAAAAGAUGAAAAGUAAUGUGUCUGAUGCUGCAAACAAUCAUGCUGCUUCUACUGAGGCACUGUACGGGCCUUUGCUUAACCAGCAAGAACUGAAAUUCAGCAGAAGUGAUGCUGAAUUUAAAUAUGCUGUAAGUCAUGGUUCAAAUAAUGAAAGUGAAAAUAGGAGUUGGUCUAGAGAUAGUAAAGGCUUUAAUGUGUUGAAACAGCUGCUUCUCUCAGAAAACUGUGAGAGAGAUCUGUCACAACAUAGGAAUAACAUACUAACGGAGGGCAAGAAAAAAGGAAACAAAACCAGUGCAACAAUUAAUAAACCUGAAUUCAGCAUUUCUUCAGUAAAUGCGUUAAUGGGAAGCCCUGUGCAACAGAACAGUUGUGUAGAUCAUAGAACAUUUCAGUAUCCUGUAGCGGUAAAAAGUCCUGCCAGUUCCCCCUUCCCUGAACAUUUGGGGAGUACAGUAUCUAGACUUGAGUCCGACCAGUUUAGCAUGUGUCCCAUGCCCAGUGAAAAAGGGCCCAUCAGAUGGGUAAUCACAGGUAUGGACAAGAAUGAUUAUGAAAAAGACUCUCCAAGACUGACCAAAACCAAUCCCAUAUUGUACUACAUGUUACAGAAAGGUGGCAACUCUGUUAGUAGCCAAGAAGCACAUGACAAAGAAAUUUGGAAUGAACCUUCAUUUACUGAUAGUUCAACUCAUCUUACAAUCAAAGAGGAGUUGACAUCCGAUGCAGAGCUUAAAACUCCUUUUAGUAACUUAAGAAGCCCUUACAACAGCCAUAUGGGGAGUAAGACCUCUCAUCAACAUGGUGUGAAUGGAGAAGUGCAUGGACUUCUGGAAAAAGUGCUAACAAUCAAAAAAGAGCCAGAAUAAAUUACAGCCUCCUCAAUGAGUUUACAAUCAGUGGUUUUGAAUCUUUGUUUAAAAAAAAAAAAAAAAGAAAAAGAAAAAAUAAAAAUGUAUACGAACUUGACUACUGUAUAAAUUGAGCAUGAUUUUAGAAAAGCAUGGUCUAAUUGAAACAUGUUUUCAUUUGAUAAACUUUUUAUUUUUCUGGUGAUGUUAUUUAAAAUACAUGUAGAUAAAAUUUGCUUUACAAUAGAUUGUCACAAGGAAACUAGAAAGGUUGUAAUUUGUACAAGACAUUUCUGUAUGUAUCAGAUUAAGUUAUGAGUACUCUUUGAUCAGAGUCUUAUUUGGAUCUGCAAGUUUUUGGUAUAACAUAAAGUGUAAGCGUACAGCCUAGGUGGUGGUAAUGCUGCGUUUCCUCCCUCCCUGUAAAAUAAUCCUUAUUUUUUGGAAGCCUGAGCAUAGAGACAGUGUACCUUUUUUUUUUUUUUUUUUUUGAAUGUUUAAUAUGUUUUGUGAAAUUUUAAGAAUAACUUUUAAGAAAUGGAGCAGUCCAUCCAAGGUAUUAGUUUGUCAUAUUGGAAAACCUAUGUCAGUGUUAAUAAUUGAAAUGCACUGAAAUGUAUUUUUUAGUGCUUCCAAAAUUUUUAUUGUUAUUUUUAAAUCUUGCUUGUGGUCCUGCCAGAAUAGUGGUGUAAAAUCUAUUUUUCUUCCUUGCCCUGCUCUUGACAAAUGCCUUCCUCAGAAUCCUUAGCCACAGUUAUGAGUUACUAGUUACAAUUAAGGGUUUUUUCUAGGUUUUUAUACAAAAGGCAGAUUUUCAUAGGCCAUGCAAGUACUGCAUGAGCCCAUUUGUCAGUGCAUUCCUGUUGCUUCCUUGCUGAAAAGGGGAAAGCCAAAAUGCCUCUUGGAGUAGUGCGAUUAAGAAAGCUUAGUUACAUAUAUUUGGUGAGGAAAAUGGUGGAAAGUUUGUGAAGCGGAUGAGCAGAAUUGUCUGUUUAGCACCAUCCUGCCUCCCCUGCAGAAGAAUACCAACUGCGCUAAAGCAGCACAUCAGACUUCCACUCAGAGAUGGAAUAGGAUUUUAAUGAAAAAUGUUCUGGCCUCUUCCUACAACCAGGGAAAAGAAUCCAUAUUCUGCCAAUAUUUAUUACUCUCUGAACAGUUGAUGCAUGGUUUAAUGCACUACCCUUUCACUGCAGAAAACCUGGUUUCAGAAUAACUUUUCGGGUUGCACUGAAGAUAAAAUUGUGGUUUUGUCAUGUUCUGUAAUGGAUAGCGGGACAUGUCUGAGAAAUCCUCCUCUGCCCUUUUCCUCAAUCCCUGCCUGUGCUGUGAUUUGUAACAUCUGGCAAUAUCAGCCUGAGAUGGGAGUAACUGAAAAUUGCGGUCAAAGCUGAGACACCUUAAAAGAAUUGCUGGCUGGGGAAGAGCCAUGUGGUUCUGCUUUCCUGUUAACACUAUCUGUGUUAACUCUGUUCAGAGCCCUUAUUUCUCAUGGGGGAGGAGGAGGACAAAAUCCAGUUUCUCUAAAUUAUAUGCGUUAUUGGCAACCCUAAGUUUUGCUGAACGUCUUACGCCACUGAAAAAAAUGUUCUAUGUAGCUUCUAAUUUCACUGAUAAUCCCUAUGCUAUCAGCAAACAGCUAAAUAGUUGGCUUGCACAGAUAAUGAAAGCUACGCUCUGCGUUAAUUUUGACCGUUUUCACCAUUGAGAGCCGAUACAUGACAAAACUGCUGUUUCUGUCCCUCUAAUGUUUGCACAGCAGAGAUGAGUGAUGGGGCAUUUUGCUCAUUUCCUUUCUGGUUUGGUUUUGGAGAUCCUUUUCCCAGACUGCUGGCUUGCUGAGACAGAGCAAACUGUUGUCCCCCCUCUCAUCCUCUGUCCCCUGCCUGGGAUCAGUUUCCCUUCUUUCCAGUGCAGUCCCUACUGAAAGGGACUUUUCCUGGCUGCCAGGUGGAAAAUGCACCACUAUUCUGUUUUGCCCCACCCCCUGGGGGAUACUUUCUUUUAGGGAACACAAAUAUUUGGCAGUAUCUGGUAUAAAACAUUCCCCUGGUUUAUAUUAGAAAUAACAGAGCGAUUUAAAGAUAUAUUUUUAUGUUAUUUGGGUGAAGCGUAAUAUAUUAAUGGGCUGUACAAAGAAGAUUUAUAUUUUAAAACCUUCACGCAAAUCUAAUAUCACUUUAAAUGUCAUUGUCUGAAGUAUAAUAUAAAAAUAAAAUUUUGUUUGUCUUUAAUAUUACAUUUGUAAGUGGCCCAGUGACAAUUCAGAUGUCUCAUAGAAUAACCAUUAACGAGAUAAAGUAUAUUUUGGAUUGACAGUGGAACUGAAUUCCUUUUAUAUGAGUCAACCCAGCAGAAGUAUUAAAAAGGUGGUUAUUUGUUCCAUCCAUUAAAUGUCUCUUAAAGUCUUAAUUGAUUAUUUUUCUUGAAACAACAUGUAUAUAGCUAGGAAAUAUAUACAAUAUAGAAUAAUAGAUGGUCCCUGGAGUAAAUACAGGGCUAUAAUUUACUUGAAGGGCUCCACAGAAAAAUGCAGCUUGAAUGACUGUGAAAUAAUCUGGUUGGAAAAACUUCAUCAAAACAAAGUUGAGAUGAAAAGUAGGGAGGAGAAUCGAACCCUAACACCAAGUAAUAUUGGAGUCUAGGAGUGUGCUUACCUGUCUAUUUAUUCUAUGGUAGUCUAUUGUUAUAAUAUAUACUUUUGAACAUUUAGUUUUUAAAGUUUUAUAAAACAUUUAAGUUAAAAUGUUAACAGUUUGACCAGUUAAUGAUUUAGCUUUCUUUUUAGGUGAUGUUAAUGAAAGGGUAUUACCAUUCUCACAGACGUCAGUAAACUAUAAUACACAAGAAUUUAAGUUUAGGACAUGCUGUUCAUGGAGGAAUCUUACCUCUUGUAGACAUUGCAGUCUCAAGCAGCAUGUAUCAAAACAAUGAGGCCCUUGAGAGAGGGUAGGGCAUGCCAACUGAAUGCUCUUCAGUCAGUUGCUAAGAGGGCAGCAGUCUCCUACAUGAAAUUCUCCACUAUCACUGAUGUUAGCCCUCCCUAGGGAAGAGAGGUCUUUAAAAUCUACCCCAUCCACAUUUACAGCCUUUAAACCUGAGGACCAAAGGCUCUUUAAUAAUUUUUUAUCUUGUAGCAUGGGUGAGUAAAAAGGAGACACCAUUGUCUUCCUUGAGGACUUUUCCAUCAGAAAAGGGGGGUGCAGGAGCUGGGUUUGCUGCACCAGCAGAAGGACCAGUUGGGCUGGCCGUGUUUUCCCAAGCAACUCAAAGAUCCUUGAUUUUCCCCCAGUCCCUGUAGAUGAAUGACAAACCAAGGUCAUCUGUUGAGUAUCGCUUGGUAUUCUCCAGCAACUCCUGUCUCCUUGGUUCAGUAGACGUUCACUACUAGGAUAUGCAUUUUGGCUGUCCUCAGUCUGUGGCAGUGGAAGCUUCCAAGAGAGCUCUGCAAACUCAGGAGGCUGAAGUUUCAGCUAGGCCUUUGGACUGUAGGCUUGAAGAAAAACAGGGCUUUGUCAGAUACUGGCAAAGAGGUGCAGGAUUGAUGGGUGCUGUUCUGUGAUCUCACUGUCAAAGGAGUAGGGAGGGAGGGGAGAACACAACCCAGUUGCAGCUGGGCGAGACUGCUGAGGGAAAGCUGCCUCUGCCUCAUGGAGCAGUGAAGAAGUGAGUUAGGGAUGUGUCUGUACCACACUUAGUUGUAAUUGCAACCCCUUGGGACUUGCACCCGAAUUAACUUGAACCUCACGUAACUGGGAGCAGUUGGGUUGCUAAGUGCCCAAUGCCUUGCUCGAGGCAGCAUCUACAGGCUCAUGCCGCUGCACCUGCUGUGGUGGUGCAGCACUCAAGCUAGCUAGAUUUGGGGAUUGACUUGUAAUUGCCACACAGAUAUGCCUUUUCCUUCCAGAGGAAUGUGUACGGGACUGAGAUAACCAGAUUUCUAGUGUCUUCUCUGCCAAAGUUUGAGGAAAUGAUGGGGGGGUAAUGCAUGACCACAGAAUCAAAGGUGUUUUGCUGGAGGGCUUCUCUGCUGAUGCCACAUAACUGGGUGGCUCAGUUUGAGAAGUUUGUAAACGUUACAAGAUCAAAAGGGAAUUCAGCCAUAACUUUCACUUUUUUUAGCCAUUUACUCUUAGUAAUGUUUUUAAAUUUUUAAUUUACAAAUGUUUUUAAAAGAAAGAAAUGAAUGGUUUAAAUUUUCCCUGUUAAAUGUUGGUGAAAGUAUUACAGCUCUCAUUGACGUCAGUGACAUGAUAUUACCAGUUUGUUCUCUGCCACAUCUUACAGAGGAGUAAACUGGUAAGUAUAUAUUAUAUAUAUUUAUAUAUAAUGUAAAUAUAUUGACUUGUUACACGUAUAAUAUGUUGAAAUUGGUUUUUAAAAGGUGAUGUAAAUAGUGGUUUCCUUAAUGAAAAAUACAUAUUUUGUAUUCUUCUAAUGCAAAGGAAAAAAACCUUUUAAUCUUUUUUGUUAUGUAUAUUCCAUGUAUAAGUGUAAAUAUGAUCACAUAGGUUUAAAAACUUUUGCAUGUAUGUAUACAGUUGCAAGUCUGGAAGAAUGUAUAGAAAAAUACUUUUAUUUAAAGUUGUGAUUACCUGCUGCAUGAAAAGUGCAUGGGGGACCCUGUGCAUCUGUGCGUUGGCAAAAAAAAAAAAAAAAAAAAAAAAGUCUUAACAAGUCAGGUCAGUUCAAAACACAACAGUAUUCCACUUCUGGACAUGACUUCUGCUGUGGUAUUUUAGCUUUGUGAAAGAAUGUGCUUCAAAUCAAAAGGGUCUGGGGAAAAAAAAAAUGCAAAACUACUUUUAAAACAUGAAGUACUUGUACAACUAUAAUCAGUCAUGUAAGUUCAGGACUCCAUUUUACAUAAUUGAAAUAUUGUACCAGGACUAUUCCAUCCCUGUAAAACAAAGGAAUAUUGAUUUUCAUUGCCAUACAUAAGAAUUCAGGAUUUUACCACACCCAAUUUUAUUGUGAUGUGUCUUCAGUAAUUUAUCUAACUGGUCUCAUUUUUUUAUUAGAAAUUAAUUUCCUCAUGUGAUGUCACAAAACUGUACAUACUGCAGUGUGAAGUUUUUUUAAAUCUUUCCGUGUUUACUUCCUGCAGAAGAUUUGAAUAAAUGAGAAAAAUGCAUUGUC